AUGACCGCAGACGGACAACAAAGGGGCUCAAGAGCGGCCGGUGGAGAGAGCGGUCGGUGGAGAGAGCGGUCGGUGGAGAGAGUGGCCGGUGGAGAGAGCGGUCGGUGGAGAGAGUGGCCGGUGGAGAGAGCGGUCGGUGGAGAGAGUGGCCGGUGGAGAGAGUGGUCGGUGGAGAGAGUGGUCGGUGGAGAGAGUGGUCGGUGGAGAGAGUGGUCGGUGGAGAGAGUGGUCGGUGGAGAGUGGUCGGUCGGUGGAGAGUGGUCGGGGAGAGAGAAGUCGGGGAGAGAGAGGUCGGUGGAGAGAGUGGUAGGUGGAGAGAGAAGUCGGGGAAAGAGAGAGAGAGGUCGGGGAGAGAGAGGUCGGGGAGAGAGGUCGGUGGAGAGAGUGGUCGGUGGAGAGAGAGGUCGGUGGAGGGAGGUGGUCGGUGGAGAGAGUGGUCGGUGGAGAGGGUCGGUGGAGAGAGAGGUCGGUGGAGAGAGAGGUCGGUGGAGGGAGUGGUCGGUGGAGAGAGUGGUCGGUGGAGAGAGGUCGGUGGAGAGUGGUCGGUGGAGAGAGGCCGGUGGAGAGAGUGGUCGGUGGAGAGAGUGGUCGGUGGAGAGAGUGGUCGGGGAGAGAGAAGUCGGGGGGAGAGAGGUCGGUGGAGAGAGUGGUAGGUGGAGAGAGAAGUCGGGGAGAGAGGUCGGGGGGGAGAGAGGGUCGGGGAGAGAGAGGUCGGGGGAGAGAGUGGUUGGUGGAGAGAGGGUCGGUGGAGGAGUGGUCUCUGGAGAGAGUGGUCGGUGGAGAGGAGGUCGGUGGAGGAGAGGUCGGUGGAGAGGUCGGAGGAGAGUGGUCGGUGGAGAGAGGUCGGUGGAGAGAGUGGUCGGUGGAGAGAGAGGUCGGUGGAGGGAGUGGUCGGUGGAGAGAGUGGUCGGUGGAGAGAGGUCGGUGGAGAGAGAGGUCGGGGGAGAGAGAGAGAGAGGUGGAGAGAGUGGUCGGUGGAGAGAGAGGUCGGUGGAGAGAGAGGUCGGUAGAGAGUGGUCGGUGGAGAGAGUGGUCGGUAUAGAGAGUGGUCGGUGGAGAGAAUGGACUUUCACAGCGAAACAGCGAGAACAUAAUUAA